AGCGAAUAGCGGUGACGUUACAUCGUGAACUUUGCUGUGUUGUCACCAGCUGUUGUCUGGAAGACGAAGAGAAAAAUUGGAAGUGUGUCUCCAUUGAUAGUGAGCCUCCACGAGCACACCCUCAGCGCUAAGCAGCAAGUUUGAAGCCGAAAGAUGGUCGCCGGAUGACUGAUGAAAGCCCUGGAGCCUCGCUGGUCCCCCGGUUAUAGAACCAGUUACAUAACUGAAGGCAUCGAUAAGACAAAAACUGUGAUAACGGACUAGUGCCAAUACAGGUCAGAGUUGAAACCAUUUUUCUCUGCUUAGACAGAUAGUCACGCCAGCUUGGGUCAAACUAAGACCGUUUGUACGAUUAUACGGUAGGUAGAGCGCUCUGAGUAGACAGACGCCAUCAUGAACGUGGGCACGGCGCACAGCGAGGUGAACCCCAACACCCGAGUGAUGAACAGCAGAGGAAUGUGGCUGACUUACAUCCUGGGCAUCGGCCUCCUGCACGUCAUCAUACUCAGCAUUCCCUUCGCCAGCGUGCCCGUGGUCUGGACCCUCACCAACCUCAUUCACAAUCUGUGCAUGUACCUGCUUCUCCACACGGUCAAAGGGACGCCGUUUGAGACCCCAGAUCAGGGCAAGGCUCGCCUCCUCACAUACUGGGAGCAGAUGGACUAUGGGGUGCAGUUCACUGCAUCACGCAAGUUCCUCACCAUCACACCUAUUGUCCUGUACAUACUAACCAGCUUCUACACCAAGUACGAUCGGGUCCAUUUUGUGGUCAACACUGUUUCCUUGCUCACUGUCCUCAUCCCAAAGCUGCCCCAGCUGCACGGCGUGAGGAUCUUUGGGAUUAAUAAGUACUGACAAGGCUGAAGAGGACUCCUCCUUCCCCUAAAGUCCCCGUGGACUGCUGAGAGCACACAGAGUAUCAGGCCUCGGAUUUGGCUGCAGAUCCACAAAGAUCCGUGUCUCUCUGGCUCCAGACUCUGCUGAGCAGCACUCUAAAUGAAGCCUAGUGGGGAUACUUCCAUGGUACCAAACCCCUGGAAAGAGACACAAUAUACUUUUCAGAGAAGGGAAAGUGUGCUGUUGUGAUUGUUGGCAGACAAUUUUCUUUUGAGGUACAGGUUUUUCUGAGACUCUUUGUAAAAAAGGGUGUAUUGUGAUCCUUUUUUUUUGCUGAAACUAUGUCAGAGGCAGACGACAAUGUAGAAACAAUUUGAUGUGCCAUUUCACACCCACUGGCGCACUUAGGCUGUAAUCAAAAAGUUAUUUUGUAGGUAAUGAUACACUGCUGUAUUUAUUCAGCUGCACUCCAACAAGAAGCUUCCUUUUUCUUGAGGUUUCUGGCCUUAGAGGAGAGUAGCAAUACUUUAAAGAAACACUAAGGAGGCGAGGCACGGGAAACCACAAGGUUUUAUAUUUAGCCCCUUGCUGUUCUGGGCCAAGAAUGGGCGGUUAUUACAACACUUAUUUUUAUCUGACCAUUUCCAUAUUUGGUCUCCUCUUGUCCUGGUUUUCGUCACGGUAAGCCUCCCCCUGCAGAGACAUCUGGCCUGAGUGCAGAAAGUAUGCACAAGAGCAUUCUUUUGAUUCAACAAAAUCCUGGAAUUUAGGUUAAAGGAUUAUUAUACUUAGUAGUACAUAGUUACAUGUACUCAUACUUGUAAUUAAAAGUCUCAGGACCCAUGACAUUAGCAUGGGCCUGUGUGGCUGCAUCUUAGUUUGUAAUCCAGACUCAAAAUACACACUGGGUUACCAUUUUAUGAGGUACGCCUGAACAAUCAAAUUCCUUAAAAUAGUAGCUCCAGUAGAUAAGUAAGGGGCAGAAUGUUAGAAAUCACUCAAAAUGUAAUCUCUUUUUUUGGGAUCAAAGAGAUUUCAGUUAUACUGAAGUAUGUGCUAAAGGGAUUCUGAGUUAUGUUACAAAGUUGUUGUUGUUGUUGUUGAGAGAAUGUCUAAAAGGUAACAUUUGACUGUUAAUUUCAAAUGUUUAGGAAACAUUUUUAUAUAAAAAGUUGUACCAUUUGCUAGUGUAAUGCAUGUGUAGCAUCCAUGAAGCAUGUCAUCAUGGCAGUUCUUAUCUUUAGUUAGUCGAUUAGAAUUUAACGUGAAGGGAUAAUAUUAAAUUGUUGGGAAAACUACAAUUAGAUUAUUUAAUGAUAGCCAAAACUGUAUAGACAUAAAGAAAAUGUUAUAUUAAUUGUUAACUCUCCUACAAAUGAAAAACAAUUUUUUGUAGAAUAUUCCAAAAUAGCUAAAUAUGUUCUUUUUGAAUUGAAAAUUCAUUUUUGAAUUAUGUUUACAGAUUUUAGCCCUAAUAUAAGGUGGACGACAAGUGCAAACGCGCUACACGGCCCAAAACAUCUCCAUUAGGGGAGAAACGCCCUGCAUUUUCAAUAACGCAAAAGCAUUUAUAAAACAUUCCCCUACUUCACUACGUCACACUGCAAAUACAAAAUGCUAGAAGCUAAAAACCGACAGAAACUGGGACACUAAAAAGUGAUGCACACAGCGGGGAUCGGAGCACUUGUUGACAUUUGGAGAUUAUAAAGUUAGAAAUAAACGUUGCGCAUGUUUCGUCAAGUUGGUGACGAUGUUCCUUCGUUUGCAUGUGUUAUGGCACAUUUGUGUUUGUUUUUGAAAGUGGGUUUCGCCUAAUGGAAGUGUUUUUGGCCACUAACGCGUUUGCACCUGUUGGCCACAAUACAAACAGUGUUGGCCUCACAUCAUUCUCCCAGUAGUAGUAAGAGCAGUAAGCAGCAUGUUGAUGUAACUGACAGUGGCAGCAGAAGUAGUAGAGGUGACAAUACCAGUUUCAAUUAUUGCGAUCCAUGAUGUUUAAUAUGAAUUAGCGCUGAACUAGAAACAGUUCUAUUCAGCUUUUUCUUUAAGCAAAUUGAUGUAAUGAAUUGGCAUCAUUUAGAAUUGAGGCUUUGAUCCAACCAAAUGGGACCAAAGAAUUGGAGUUGUAAAUACUUAUCUGCUGCAGCUGCCAGCAUCAUGAUGUCUAGAAAUGUUCACCAUAAAGGGCUUUGCUUUAACGACAUGCUUUCAUAUUUGAUACUGCAUUUUUCAUGUUUUUCUUUUUUAGGACAGCUGUUUAUUUAAAAAAAAGGUUGAAUUGAAUGUUAAAUGUGAGACAGUGUCUUUGGUUUGUAUCAGUGUUUUUGAAGGAAAUGUCAAUGUGAUGCUCUGAAAGAGUGCUUGACCCAAAAUACAGUAUUUUUUAAAUAUCACCUUAAAAUUCUUUAUUGCUGCUUUUGUAUUUUUUAGUGCCUGAGGUUGUAUUUAAAGGAAAUGGACGAGAAAUGCUAGAUUUAUUAAUAUAUCUGCCAAGAAUGUUUGGUUUUAUGUUCCGAUUGUUUGUCAGCAGGAUUUUGGGAGGUACAGUACAACCGGCCCGUUUUCUUGUUGGAAGAGCGUAGCAUGGGCCAAGGAAGAGCUGAUCUGAAUCACAGGUGCGGAAAACUGUUGCACCGGCCUUGGCUGAGUGCCCGUCUAGGUUAGACACAUCCACUUCUCUGCUUUGUUGGUUAAUAGUUGGUGAAAGCCUGGACUUUGAAACCUGUAGGAGCCUCCUGCCUUUUUCUGUUUCCUUUAUUAGUAAAAAUCUUGAAGGUUCAGCAUGAAAUUGAUAGAUUUAAAGAUCUGAUGGGGCGCUGUUUAUCUUAACUCCCAGGCUUUAUCUAGAACAUAGGGAAAUUGAGUUGAAGCGUUUGUUUCUAAAAGUUAGGUCCUUUUUUAACAUUACAUCCAAGAAUUAAGCUUUUAUUGAGGCCGACUUUUAGUAAUUUACCUAAUAAAAGUAAAAUCUUGUUCUUCAAUUUCGCAAACAGUAAUCGUGUGACAGAAAUGUGCUUUUACAAAACAAAAAAAGGCAUUCUUUUUUUAAGUGUGCACAAUGAGACAGUCUUUCAAUACUUCAGUAGACAA